AUGGAGGUAGGGAGGAACACCCAGCGAGACCUCGGCAGACCUGCACAAGCCCAAAUUGAGCUUCUCGAGCAGAUGCCAGGGGUCGACCUCUCAGCCGCCGGCUUUCCUUGCCAUGAGAUUCCUGCAUCGGAUGAAAACUUCUUGGGGCGCUCAGAAGAUCUGGAGCGAAUCGAUGCGGCUUUGAACAGGAAGCAGGCUUCCAAGCUUUGUAUUGUUGUCAUCUCAGGGUUUGGCGGCGCAGGGAAAAGCGCCUUAGCUCUGAAGGCCGCCCACAAAUACAAAGAAGCAAGAAAAUAUGAUGCGAUAUUCUGGCUCAAUGCCGAGGAUCCUGACGUGCUGCGAGAAUCUUACAACAAGAUGGCCUGUCGUCUUCUACUUCAGGGAGCCAACGGGAAAUCGGACAAAGAUGUCAAUUACAUGUUGGUGAAGAACUGGUUAGACAAAACCAGCAGGAAGUGGCUCCUGAUCUAUGACAAUGUCGACGAUGAGAAGAUAUUGCGCAACUAUCUCCCUCCAGACGCGGGAACAAUGAUCAUCACCACUCGCUAUCAAUCAGUGUCAUUUGCAGUCAAUGAUCCAAACAUUACUCGGCUCCAACUUGAGAAAUUCAACCCGGAAGACAGCCUACGUUUAUUUAAUCAUUUGAGAGUAAUUCGAGACCCUACAGCGGAUAUCAACGGCGAGAUCGCGGAGACAAAAGAGCUUUUGGAAGAAGUUGACGGCCUGGCACUAGGGAUCAAACAGAUGGCAUGUUACAUUGCGAAGAAGCGUCUUACGAUUCCGCUGUUCCGAGAGAAAUACACCAAAAUGGCCAAGUCCAUUAUUAACAGCAAAGCAGAAGGGGUUCACCAUGCACUAGGCACCCUUUGGAGGGUUCAGUUCCUCGACAUUCAGGAUACAUCUGCCAGCAAAUUACUAGGGCUUCUCUCCCUCUGUGCUCCGAAUGAUAUACCGCGCGAGUUGUUCGAAGUUGGCGAAGCAUUGGAGACAGCCAACCUUGCAGCAUUUUGUGAUGACGAGGAGGUAGUUGAGAAUGCAAUUGAUGAGCUUGUGGACAAAGCCUUGAUUGAGAUGCAGAUGCCGCAGCCGCCACAACAAUUGGCAAUACAUCGUCUCACUCAGCAAGCUUUUCUAUACGACGAACACGGAUUGUCUGACCCUCCAAAUCUUCAGGCCACCUUUGAUGGACUGGUUAGCCUCCUCGACCGGAAGUUCCCUCGGUAUGGUCGAGAAAAGUCAUUGACGGACGUCUGGGAUAUAUGCGCGUCAUACCUGCCCCACGUCUCGGCUCUCGCUCGCACAUUUGACACCUUUCAAAAGUCCAAGACCCCAAUCAAAUCUAGUGAACUCUUCGCCGAAUUAUUGAAAAAUGCAACGUGGUACCUACAAGAGAUCGGAGAGAUCCAACGGUCACAGGACCUUCUCCGAAUUGCUUUCGACGCCUGUGAAGACAAGCGUUCUCUUAUAUAUGCAUACCUGUGCAAUACGAAGGUUGUACUUGCAAUGGAACUCAACGACAUGGCCGAGGGACAAAAGUAUUCAGCGGAAGCAAUUUCGAUUAGGGAGGAGAAAUUGGCGCCGGACGAUCUCGACCUGGCCAUCAGUUAUGGCAAUUCAGCCAACAUACUCCUGAAUGAGGGACGAUAUGAUGAAGCCCUGGCCAAUCACGCGCUCUCUGACAAGAUAUGGGCAGACAACAAUCUGAAGGACGAAGAGUACCAGGGUCUCGCUCAUCUGAACAUUGGGCGGGUAUACUCUAUGAAGGGUAAAGUCGAUGAUGCAGUGAGGUAUUUUGAAACCGCAGAGAGGGUCCUCAAUCGAUUCUCCAAUGACAUGUUCCUGAUCGGGGUACAUUACACCUGGGCAACCUUGCUGAUGAAUCAGGGUGAUAAGCUGGGAGCACUGGGCAAAUUCCAGAUUGCCCGUACGUUGGCCGAAAAGUCGACACCCCAUCAUCUUAGUGUGUCUGCUAUUCACUACAAAAUUGCUGUUCUGGAGCUGCAGAUGGGACUUCUCACUGAAGCAAAGGCAAAUCUCAAGAGUGCAAUGGCACUUGCUCAAUACCACAAGAGAGAAGCGUUCAUCGCCCGUAUCGGAAGACAACAGGCCAUUGCAAUCGAAAAGGACCCCAAUUCGACCGAAGAUGAGAUCGAGACUGCCAGAGAAUUGAGGCGAGUGUCUGAGGAGACCAAGAGAUGGCUUUGGAAAGACAUUGGGAGGCACAUCAGUGUCCGUCCAGAAACGGAGGACGAAGAGUACAGUUGGUUGGUAGCGGCAUGGUACCGUUAA